AUGAGCCUGCGCGCCAUGCUACACUUUAUCUCUAUAUUUCUUUUCAUACUUUUGCUGAGGAUAGAGGCCAUCCGCGCACAAGAUUCCCGCAUAGGCGAUCCAUCAGCUGGGAUCGAUCCUGGAGGCCGAACCCUCCCCGAACACUUUGUAAUUAUAAAGGACACACGCUCACCCUGGUCUCAGCUGUCCGUCACCUUACCGACGCGGCGCAGCGACUUUGAGCAGUUCAUCGCCAAGGUGGUGGAUGUGACGGAGAAAGUACCCCACGCAACCCGGGACGUCAACCGCACAUUCCUCGCGUCGGUCGAGGAUGCAUCUGUGAUCAAGAUUCAUAACUUGCACCCCGGUCAUAAGUACAGCAUCACGAUAAUCGGCCGACGUGCUGACAGCUCUGAGAAGAUCAAAAGCGAGACGGUGGUCAUGGAUCCGCAGGCUCCGGAGAUUCUCCUCGGCAAAGACAUCGUGGCCUCGGAGACAAAUGUGACGUUGCACGCCACGAAGACGAACAAGGCCGUCCAAGAGCUCUUUAAGGUGGACUAUGUGCAGCUCGAGCCUGAGGAACGGUUUCCAACGCUAGAGGUACUCGAUAUCCCGGAGCAGCAGGAUCUCGAGAUCUAUCUCGGUAACCUCAACCCCGGCCGUGAAUACAAGGUGAAAAUCGCGGCAGUGAAAGCUGGGCUCAAAAGUCGACCUUGGGAAGCGACGCUGGCCACUAAACCAUCGACACCCACCGGACUGCGUGCAACCGAUAUGCAGCCAAAUUGCGUCAAGUUGGAAUGGGACUUGGCAGGAGACUCGGGAUUUGACGCGUUUGAGGUGGAAUACGGGUCAAAGGACAGCGAGAACGUGCACAAGCUGACGGUCACGGAUGGGCGUUCAUCACUCCUGUGCGAUAGUAUCCAACCAGGGAAACGCCUCCGUUUCGUCGUCACUACCCGCAAAGGGGCCGUGCUCUCAAGCCCGGCCGUGAUGCUGCAUGACGUGCGCCCGCUGGCCCCCACCGAAUUUAGAGUACGCCCGGAUAUGACGAAGGGAAAGUACCACGUCGAGGCUGACCUUUCCGAAUUGUCGCACUCAGACCUCUGCCAUUUGACCGUGAUCUCAGAGUCAUUGACGCGAAGCGAGAACGAGGCGUCGCUGGAGAAAUCGGGACAUGGAUGCGUUUUCUACCUGCCAUUGACGCCCGGCGAGCGGUUUGAGUUCGCCGUGUCGUCGUCGUCGAACAACGUGCCCAGCGCAAAGCUUCAGAAGAGCGUCGUGCUGGGCCCGGCGUUUGACAUGAAGGCUUUCGGACUGAACGUCCAGGAAACAAAGACCGGUCUGGAGUUGCAGUGGCCGCAGAGCGAGGUGUUUAUGUCGAAGCUGAAGGAUAUGUGGGCAAAAAUUGUCGGCCAGAAGUCGGUUUUGCAACUCCGCCUGACGCCCCUCGACAAGGGCAAGACGCGCGAGCGCAGCCGACAGUUUGAUUCACAACCCAGCAAAGGGGAACCCAUCGUUGUGCAAGGGCUUCGCCGCGGAUCGUGCUAUCAGGUCCAAAUCUACACGGUAACGCGGACGGGGAUCGUCUCUGAAGCGCGUUACAAUGAGAGUCUGCGGAUGGCGGCCCCUCCCGUCAGCCUCAUCCUCGACGCUGUCACCCACACCACAGCCACCCUCAAAUUUCACACCAACUUCAGCGAUCCCGUGAACAGCACCCCGAAUCCGGAAUGUCAACUCUCGGUGACUGUUAGCGAUAUGCACCAGAUGGUCGUCUUCGACAGACGUCUUCCCCUAAGCGUGGACAUGCCGCCGUUAGCGCUGACUGGUCUGCGGCCAUACCAUAAGUACAACGUGAAUUCACAGGUGAUCUGUGGUGGAUUGUCGUCUUCGCAGUGCGCCCCGUCAAGUCGCACGAUGAAGUCGUUAUCCUUCUCUACGCGACAGGAUCGGCCGGGCCCAGUGCAGGGGCUUCAAGUGAAGCCGCUGAAUCCAUAUUCUAUUCAACUCCUAUGGCUGCCGCCAGCACUUCCAAAUGGGGUCCUGACGCACUACGUGGUCGGCGUUCAGCCAACGGAACCCGGACAGGAGCCCUGGUCGGUCAAUGUGGCCCUCUCAAACAAGCGACCCGACCAUACCGUAGAAGCGGUGGUCGAUGGACUCACCGGCGGGCAGCUGUAUCGGCUCGAGGUGAGAGCCGUGACCGAGGCCGGUGCGGGCGAUCCACCUGCUUCUAACGAUCAAGCCACCGUCACCAUGCCGAUCAUGGCGCCUCCCAAACCCCCGUCGGCCCUGGACGUCGUCCUCGAUACGAUCAGCCCACAAACAAUGACGAUCCGAUACACGACGCAGAUGUUCGACUCGAAGAACGGGCGCGUCACCAAGUCGGCUGUCAUCGUGGCCGAGGUGACGGAGGAUGGUCGAGUGACUGAAACAUGGCUCUACGCGGACAACAAGACAUACACUUGGGCCGAGGUGCAGCGAUUUGAUGUCUGGCCCGCCUAUACGGCCACAGUCAAUGAGGUGCCGGUCAUGAAACGAGCCGCUCCGGUCCGAACGAUCACUGAGGUGCUCGGCUCAAACCCGAAUUGCCGUGACCUGCCCGCCGACGCUGUCUGCAACGGGCCACUCAAGCCGGGCACCGCGUACAAAUUCAAACUGCGCGUCUUCACUGCCCCAAAUUUAUGGACGGACACCGACUACAGCCCCGUCAUCCAGACCGAGCCUCUCCCAUCCGGCAUCUCGCGGGGACUUCUGCUGUGGUGUCUCGGAGCCCUGAUCGUCGUCGGACUCGUCUCGGCCCUCUGUCUGCUCAUCUGGAAUCGGACGAGGAACAAGAGGAACCCGUCGUUCAACGCCAACACUAAAGAGGGGCAGUGGGCGGCACUGAAAAUGAUCAUGGCUGAGAGGGCGGCCGACUGUCUGGCCAAGUUGGGAUUGGACAGUACACCAUCGGCGCCGUGCGCGUCCACGUCACCGACACAACCUGCCGCCCAACAUCUUCAGCAGCCCACCUUCGGGCACCAUCGGAGAUGUCGAAGUUUACGCGAGCGAACGGGCGUCGACCAUCGUCUGGAACGACUCCCCUCAGGGCCGGCCAUUUUCCGCACACCGAUCUACACGGUGAUGCCCGGCACGAACACCAACAAAAGCCGCCCCGUCCGCAUCCAAGACUUUGCGGAACAUGUGCGAAUGAUGAGUGCCGACUCGGACUUCCGAUUCUCGGAGGAGUACGAGCAAUUGAAAAACGUGGGCCUCGGCCAGAGCAUCUCGGCGGCCGAGCUGACGGUGAACCGCGUGAAGAACCGGUUCACCAACAUUCUGCCCUACGACCACUCGCGCGUCAAGCUCGUCAAAGCCGUCGACGAUGAGGGCGCAGACUACAUCAAUGCAAAUUACAUGCCGGGCAUCAACUCGCGGCGCGAAUUCAUCGCGGCCCAGGGCCCGCUUCCCUCAACGCGUGACCAUUUCUGGCAGAUGGUGUGGGAGCAGCAAUGCCCAUCCAUCAUCGCGCUCACAAAAUGCGUGGAAAAGGGUCGCGAUAAAUGCCACCAGUACUGGCCAGAUGCGGAGCACGUCAGCGUGCUUUAUGGAGACAUUGAGGUGACCCUGAUGUCGGAGCAGCAGUACAACGAGUUUGUCGUGCGCGAGCUACGGCUAUGUAAUCUGGGCGAGAACACGCAACCCCGCAACGUGCUCCACCUGCACUACAUGGCAUGGCCUGACUUUGGUGUACCCGAACAUCCCCAAGGCAUCGUCAACCUUGCCCGCCUCUUCCGACAUCGCAUCCCGCAUAGUCCACACAACAAGCCAACCAUCGUCCAUUGCAGUGCUGGUGUCGGGCGAUCGGGUACCUUCAUGGCAUUUGACCGGCUGGUCCGGCAAAUGAGCCUCGAGAUGCCGAUCGACGUCUUCGGCACCGUGCACGAGAUGCGUCUCGAACGCUGCAGCAUGGUCCAGAAUGAGCAACAAUACAUCUUCAUCCACCAUUGCCUAUUGUUCGUGCUGCAGACCGGGUUGCUGUCCGACUGGAACCAGCCGAUAUCCACGAUUCUCCUCGGCGGGCACGAGUUCCACAACGGGCAUACCGGAACCCGCGGCGAGAUGCAUCAGAAUCAGGCUUUUGUCGAAGACGAUGAGGGCAUUGCCGAGAGCGGCUUU